UUUUGUAGUGGUAUCUAUACCAAGCCUCAGGAUAAAUAUGACCGAGGUUUGUAAACCACUAUCCUGGCAUCAGCCUAGCUCACGUAGUUUAACAAGUAGUUUAGGGAGGUCGUCUUCAACUCCCGUCUAGAAUAUAUUAAUAGAACAAUGGUUAAAAAGAAGAAGGAUGAGCCGGAUGAUCGGGGGCCAACAUCCUUGUUCCUUUUUACGCCGACCAGCCCGGUGCGCCGGCUCAUGACCUGGCUGGUCAACUGGCCUCCCUUCGAGUGGAUAAUUAUCCUGACCAUCAUGGCCAACUGCGUGGUGAUGGCGCUGGACGACAAGCUGUCCAACAACGACAAGUCAAUUAUGUCUAUCAAACUGGAGGAGCUGGAGUUGGUUUUCAUGAUCGUCUUCACUACGGAGAUGUUAACGAAGAUUCUAGCGUUGGGAUUCAUGCUGCACAAGGGAAGCUACAUGCGUAAUCCGUGGAACUUCAUGGAUUUCUUCGUUGUCACGUCAGGAUUCUUCCUUUCUGUAGAUCUCUCUACCUUGAGAACUUUCAGAGUUCUCCGUCCUCUCAAACUUGUCUCCGGAGUUCCAAGUCUACAGGUUGUGAUGAGUUCUAUCGGAAAAGCUAUUGGUCCUCUGGUCAACAUUGCUCUCCUUCUCUUCUUUGCCGUCCUUAUCUUCGCCAUCAUUGGUUUAGAGUUCUAUGCCGGAGCUCUUAACAAAACCUGCUACAGCUUAGAUAAUUUAGACGAGGUUGUGAAGGAAGGGUUAAAAGAGAGUCCAUGUUUUAUCGGUAAUCCGUCAGAUGCUCCCUGGGGGGCGAAUAUGUGUGAUACCAAUACCUCAGUAUGCCUGGAGAAGUGGGCCGGACCCAACGACGGGCUCACCUCCUUUGAUAACAUCGGACUCGCGAUGCUCACGGUUUUCCAGUGUGUUACCAUGGAGAACUGGAUACCCAUCCUCUACUCGGCGAACGAUGCAGUGGGAUUCGUUUUUAACUGGAUUUUUUUUGUUCCUUUGAUUACUAUUGGUUCGUUUUUCAUGCUAAACCUUGUUCUCGGGGUUCUCAGCGAUCUACAUAUAUCGGAUAAUCAAGGAUGGGACGGAUUUACUAAAUUCGUACCGGCCCAGUCCUAUACCCAGGAUUUAGUUCUAGCAGAGGAAAGAACAAGCAAGAAGGACCGACAAAGGAUUAUGGAAGUCCGACGAGUGUUGGCUGAAGGAAAACGGAAGGUUGUUUCUGAAGAAGAGGAACUGAAAGCUGCCUCAGGUAAAACCAAGGUUCUUUUACAAGGUUGGUUACUCUCAGGUAAAACCAAGGUUCUUUUACAAGGUUGGUUACUCUCAGGUCUGAUGUUGACACUGAAAAAGUUCAAGUUCUGGGUUCGCCGGAUGUGUAAACAACAAUGGUGGUUCUGGUUGGUCAUUAUCCUCGUCUUCCUCAACACCUGCACUGUCGCUGUCGAGCACUACAACCAACCAGAGUGGUUGACAGAAUGCUCCAAUAAAACUAUCUUCCCCCUUCCCAACUACUUCGAUUCUGCUUUCAACAAGUUCGAUUGUGUCGUCAUAUUUGGGUCAAUUUGUGAGGUCUUCUGGGUCAACUUCAAACCUAGGGCUGGAUCCUUCGGUCUCUCAGGUCUCAGGGCUCUCCGGCUUCUCAGGGUUUUCAAAGUUACAAAAUACUGGUCCCCCCUGCGUAACCUGGUGAUAGCUCUGAUGAAUGCUCUCUCCUCUAUCAUGUCUCUUCUUCUUCUUCUCUUCCUCUUCAUCUUUAUCUUCGCACUGCUCGGGAUGCAGUUCUUCGGAGGCCAACUUAAUUUCCCGGAGGGAACUCCAACCUCAAACUUUGAUUCAAUUAUCAACGCACUGCUCACUGUCUUUCAGGUGCUGACUGGAGAGGACUGGAAUGAGGUUAUGUACACAGCUAUCAGAUCUAAAGGAGGAAGAGCCGGUGGAGGAGCCAUCUACGGAACCUACUUCGUUAUCCUUCUCCUCUGUGGAGAUUGGACCUUACUCAAUGUGUUCUUGGCUAUCGCCUGCGACUCCCUGGAUCAGGCGGCGGAGUUAACUGCGGCGGAGGAGGCAGAUAAGGAGAGGAAGGAGGCGGAAGAGGAGGCAGCAAGAAUUGCGGAGCAAGCUGCACUCGGUGCCUUAGAUCCAAGUAGUAUGGGCGGAGAUGGAGGCGGAGGGGCGGAUGAUGAGGAUGAGGAAGCACUGCCAGAGGAGGAGGAGAAUAGACCAAUUUUGCCUUAUUCAUCGUUUUUCAUACUCUCGUCUACCAAUCCGGUUCGGAUUGGGCUUCAUUGGUUUGUAACUCGACCAUUUUUUGAUGGGUUUAUCAUGUUUGUUAUUCUACUCAGCAGUGUAGCACUAGCUCUAGAAGAUCCUGUCAAGGAAGACAGUGAAUGGAACCAGAAACUAGGAUUACUAGACUACGGGUUCACAUCUAUAUUCUUCCUUGAGAGUUUAUUAAAGAUGCUGGAUCUAGGACUGUUUCUCCACCCUGGAGCAUAUAUGAGGGAUAUCUGGAACGUGAUGGAUAUAUCCGUUGUAUCCUGUGCUCUGCUUUCAUUCUAUUUCAAGGGAACCCCUACUGGCGCGAAGCUGAAGUCCAUGAAGCUGUUGAGAGUCCUGAGGCCUCUGAAGAUGAUCAACAGGGUGCCUGCUCUCAAAGCAGUGUUUGACUGUGUCAUGAUAUCACUAAGAAAUGUUUUUAAUAUCCUAAUUGUUUACAUCCUGUUCCUACUUAUCUUCGCCAUGGUCGGAGUCCAGCUGUUCAACGGCAAGUUCUUCUACUGCACAGACGAAGCGAAGACGACAGCUGACGAGUGCCAGGGAGAAUUUUUUGUGUUCAACCUUGAUGACCGACAUGCGCCGGCUAUUCAUGAGCGUAUUUGGUCCAGAAAAUCCUUCCACUACGACAACUGCGCUAUGGCUAUGAUCACGCUCUUUGCGGUCCAAACUUCAGAAGGAUGGAUCGCGGUUCUGCAGGAUUCCAUGUCCUCGACGUACGAGGACGAGGGCCCAUAUCCCUGGUUUAGAACAGAAAUGGCGAUCUACUAUAUCGUCUACUUCGUCGUCUUUCCUUUCUUCUUCGUCAACAUAUUCGUCGCUCUCGUAAUCGUCACAUUUAAUGAGCUUGGCGAGGCAGAGUUGACUGAUAAUAUUGAUAAAAAUCAGAAAUCCUGCAUCACCUAUGUUGUACAAACUAAGCCCCAGGAGGUGUAUGUCCCUGAGAGCCAGGCUGGGAUACGAUAUCAAAUCUGGAGGCUUGUCACAUCCCCUCCCUUCGAGAACUUUAUCAUGCUUCUUAUCAUACUCAACACCAUCCUCCUCAUGUGCAAGUUUCAAGGCGCACCUCUGGAGUUCAUGGACAUCCUUUCCGACCUUAACCUCAUCUUCACCGCCAUGUUCACGGUGGAGUGCGUCCUCAAGAUGGGAUCCUUUGGUCCAAAGCCUUACUUCAAAGACUCUUGGAACGUGUUCGAUUUUAUCACCGUGGUUGGGAGUAUCAUAGACGCAACCCGGAUCGUGAAUGUCGGCUUCCUCCGAUUGUUCCGAGCCGCCAGGCUGGUCAAACUACUCCGUAGAUCAGUCAGUAUUCGUAUUCUACUCUAUACAUUCCUUCAAUCAAUUAAGGUGAGCAAUCCUUACUUCAAAGACUCUUGGAACGUGUUCGAUUUUAUCACCGUGGUUGGGAGUAUCAUAGACGCAACCCGGAUCGUGAAUGUCGGCUUCCUCCGAUUGUUCCGAGCCGCCAGAUGUUCUACGGGAGAGGCGUGGCCUGAUAUCAUGAUGUCAGCUGUAUCAGGUCGACCCUGUGAUCCUAGGUCGCAUAGUUGGAACUACACGGAGUACGGAGAGCUGUAUAUCACGGACCCAGAGAGGAGGUGUGGUUCCGUCAUCACCUACGUCUACUUCAUCUCAUUCAUCUUCCUCUGCUCAUUUAUUAUGCUCAACAUCGUGGUUGCUGUGAUCACUGAUAGUUUUGACUACCUCACACGAGAUUCAUCCAUUCUUGGUUCUCAUCAUCUCUCAGAGUUCGUGACUACUUGGUGUGAAUACGAUCCUGGGGGAGAGGGGUUGGUUCACUACACGGAUCUCCUGGCUCUACUCCGACAGAUUGAUCCUCCGCUAGGUUUUGGGAGUAAAUGCCCUGAUCUACUAGCCUACAAGAGACUGGUUAGGAUGAAUAUGCCGGUGGAUGAGGAGGGGAAGGUUCACUUCAAGUCCACCCUGUUCGCCCUGAUCAGGAUCAACCUGCAGAUCUUCAUGAGGAGUAUGGAGGAGAUGGACCAGGCGGAUCAGGAGCUGAGAGCUGCAAUCCAGAAGUCCUGGCCUAGUACCCGAGGUGGAUCUCCUCCUAUGGUUGAUCUCCUAGUCCCUCCCCCGGAGGAGACAGGACCAGGCAAACUAACCGUAGGAAAGGUUUAUGGAGGAAUGUUAAUCCUGGAAAACUGGAAACUCUCAAGGUUUGGUCAGGGCUUCGGGACUACAAAACAUAUUGCGAACGGAGGAACAAUGCUCAACAACAACAAGGCAAUUCUAGACGCCCCUAUUCCACCAACCGUCGUUCCUGUAACCGCCACACCUCUAACCGCCGUUCCCAUCACAACAUCGGCCCCGGUUGUGGUCACAUCGGCGGUGACUCUGCCCGCCCCGCUGCUGCCCGCCAACCAGGCUCAGGAGAAUAAACAGGAGAUUGUGGAGAACUAUUUGAAUUCUCUCCCUCCUCCUGUCACCAUUAAUAAUAUUAUUAAUGACAGGUUGGAGGAUAUCAGAUCUAGUCUGGCAGAUGGAGAACCCUCCCUGAACCAGCUGGUCAAUGGUAAUGGGGGUAAACUAUCCCGCUACAGGGGAGUAUCAGUUGACCGCCACAGAGAGUACACUGCGCCUCAGUAUUAUGAGGACAUUUACUAUAAACGUGAUCCUUACGACUCCUCGGGCGAUGACCGGGCAAGGUAUGAUUCCUUGCCCGGUCGCAACCGGCUCGGUGGAGCUCCAUAUCAUUCAGAUAUCUAUGACGGGUUAGAAGAGGAAUUGGACGGGGGAGAAAGGACAAUUUUCAAAUUAGAAAGACAGUGGAGCCACCCAAAUCUUCGGCCACGACCACACGGCGCCGGACGGCGGUUGCCGAAAACGCCGAAGCAACCGCCGGGUAUUGUUAUCCCUGCCUCGUCACCCUCUAUGAUCCAGGACGACCAUAUGCUGGAGUGGGUUGAGAACGAACGGAUACGAAGAACUCCGAUCUUGACAAACCAGUGCAGUUAUGAAAGUGAUAAUUAUAGUCCUCCCCGGACGAAUCGGGAGCUUCACGGCUAUAGUCCACCAAGGACUGAGGCUAAAAGACGAACCCCGGUGUCGGAUCGUAGAAUGGGUACGGGAACGGGACGAAUGCUCCCUAAACCUCCUCCCGGAGGAUCCCAUCUCGUCCUAAACGCUGCCCAGGUUCAGCCUAAGCGUGGGUUAAGUCGGGAGCGGAAACUUCCGAAACCUUCCUCUUUAGAUCUUCGAAACCCAGGCCGGGAUCUUCCCAGCCGAUCAACUAGCAUCAAUUUUCCCCGCAUAGAUUCAAGUCCAUCUAGGAUUUCCAAUUUUAUAAACGGAACAUCAAUUAUUCCGUCUCUUCCACCCAGUAAAAAAACUGGUUAUACAAGACAUAGAGCUCUUAUAGACUGAUAUUUGAUCGUCUUUGCUCAAAAGGCGGAUUUCUUUCUGAUUUAGAUCCAUUUUUGCCAAGUUCGUGACAUUUUUCUUAAUUUUUACAUAUUUCACCAAUAAAUCUAGGAAGAAAUAAA